CUGCGCAGCUUUCAAUAUUUCUUUCCUUCUUAUGGAUCGUCUUUAUUCUUUCUUCUCUUCCGACGUGCCAUUGCUGCUAAUUUUGUGAACUUAGUUGUUUCGUUCAUGUUACGCAUUGUUGUCCCCUGCGUUUUCCGCAGUUUCCAAUUCAGAACUCUGACAUCAAAGAAGAAAGAAUUACACAUUAUUUGUUUGGAUGGUGUCCAUAUGUUUGAGUUUAGAAGGCAAUUUAACAGUAGACAGGCAACAUCAAGUGUUGUUGUUAAUCUUGUGGCUCAUAAAUUUUUGGAUGCUUUUGUAAAACCUUAUACGCCAAAACAGAUAUAGAAUGAUAUGAAUCUGGAAUAUGGGAUUUAUGUGUCAUACAAGAAAGCUUGGCAAGUACAGAAACAUGCAAUGGAAAGGCAGUUCGGAUCUGAUGCAGAGUCAUACCCGAAGCUAUCUUCAAUGGCGUAUGUACUUGAAGAAGCAAAUCCAGAUUCUACCAUAAAACUUAUAACUGCUGCUGAUGGUGCGUUUCGGUAUUUUUUUUAUUUCACUCAAACCUUGGCGUGAAGCAUGGGACUUUUGUAGACCAAUACUUAUCUUAGAUGGCUCGUUCAUGAAGGCAUAUUACAAAGGUACUUUGCUUACAGCUUGUGCUCAAGAUGCCAAAUAGGACUUUUAUUUUGGCAUAGUUUCUAUGUUCUACUCCCAUAUUGAGAAUUUUCUCUUUAACUUUUUGUCAAAUACUUCAUCCAUAUAAUAUUUCAUAUUCUGAAUUGUAAAAUUCAGUUCGAGUCAAUAUAUUAGUUCAGACAAUAACUGCUGAUCUUAAUAUAACUUAAUUACGGGAAUGGCUCAAACCUAAUUUUAAACUCUCUCGUGCCUUAAAUUUCUCACUUUUAUUUAAUGGAUAUCCCUAAAUAGAGUGUUCUUUCUCUAUUUACGAAACAAAUUUAUAUCAAUUUACUCUAUUACUCUUAAAUGAUAAUGAGAGCGCAGUGCAAUAUAGUACUCCGUAUUAAACAGUGACAAAACAAAUAGCAUACUCUGCAGUAAAAAUAAUUACCCCUCAAUACAAGACAUUUCAGAGAAGUGAAAAAAAAUCCUUAAUAUGUGUGCAAUUAAAAGCGGGAUGAAAAGAAUAUUUGAUUUAAUUUUUUAUUUUCUUUGUCAAAACAUGGUCACUUGUUAUAUACUCCCUUCGCCCCAUUUAGGGCCCGUUUGGUAAGAUGUAAAGUAAACACUUUGCGUGUAAAGUGUGGGGAAGUAAACAUUUUACACCGUUUGUUUUAACUAUUUAAUGUAAAUUGUAG